AUGGGAUCCUCUUCGGAUUUGGUAGCGAGUUUCUCGCAUGAUUCCACACGUUUUGCAUUUCAAGCAAGUGUCGCACAAAAGAAUAACGUGGAUAUUUAUCCACUGAAUGAGACUAAAGACUACGUGGUGAACAGUUCCUUAGUGAGCCAUAUCGACUAUGAGACGAAUGACAUGAAAGUUUCUGACGUGGUCUUUUUUGGAUGGUGUAGCGAUUUGGUGGACACGCAAUCAUUGAAUAUCAAGAGAAAACUAGAUGAAGAUGAGGAGAACACUGAAUCCACCGGCCAAAGAUACGAAAAUUUUUUUGUCAAUGGAUUUCCUGAUGGAAGAAUUGUUGUUUAUUCUGCCAAUGGUAGGGAUAUUGUCAACAUCAUCAAGAGUAAAAAGGAAAUUUUGGGCGCCGACACCGAUGAAUCCAAUAUCUGGAUUUUGGACAGUGAUAAAGUAGUAAAGAAAUUGCAAUAUAACAACUCCAAACCAAUAAAGACUUUUACGUUAGUUGAUGGUAAGGAUGACGAAAUAAUCCAUUUCCAAAUUUUGCAUCAAAAUGGUACUCUAUUAGUAUGCAUUAUUACGGAGCAAAUGGUUUAUAUCGUCGACCCAUCGAAGAGGAGACCAUCCACCAAAUAUAGAUUUGAAGUCUUUGGUGCUGUGGCUUGCGAAUUUUCCGCGGAUGGCAAACAUCUGCUAAUUGCAGGUCUCGAAAAGUUAACGGUUCACGACCUCGCUGGUGAUAUAAAACCAGUCCAAUCAUGGUCUCUUAAGGUGGAGAAAUUAAGAAUUCUCAAUGAUUUAGUAAUGGCUUUGACCACUGAUGGUAAGAUGAAUAUCUAUAAAAUUGAUGAGGCCAAUAAGAUCUGUACCAUAAAUGUGAAUGAGAAUUUAGAAAUUAUAGAUUUCACACCAAUAAACAAUAGGCAACAAGUUCUGAUCUCUUGGUUGAAUGUCAAUGAACCCAACUUCGAAUCCAUUUAUUUGAAUGAAAUCACUUCCAAGGAACUUAUUACUAUCAAUGAAUGUAAAGAGACCAAAUCUGACGAAGCGGUUCAAAAACCAUCAGAGGAAGAAGAAAAUGGGGCCGAAGUACAUGAUGAGAAACAAAAAACCGAAACCAAGCUAAACAAGAAAGUUAGUAAAUCAGAGCAGGCUGAAAUUGCCAAUGUUCUUUUAUCUCAUUUAGAAUCUAACUCAACAGAAAUAUUAGAUCAUCUGAUGUCCGAAAGUUGGACAGAGGCUGAAAUCAAAAAGUUCAUUCUUACCAAGAUUAAUUCACUGAAUCAUCUAAGCAGAAUAUUUGUGGCUGUAUCAGAGCAAAUAACGCAAAAUCCAUGGAGCGAACAAGAUUUGCUUCCGUUGUGGCUCAAAUGGGUGUUGACUUUGAAAAGUGGAGACUUGAAUUCCAUAAAGGAUAAACAAACAAGAAAAAAUUUCAAACACUUGAAAUCAGCAUUAAGGUCUUCCGAAGAAACUUUACCUGUCCUACUCGGAAUACAGGGUAGAUUAGAAAUGUUAAGGAGGCAAGCAAAACUAAGAGAAGACCUUGCACAGUUGACUAUGCAAGAUCAAGAAGGUGAAAACGAAGAUAUAGAAGUUAUAGAGCAUUCAAAUGUAAUCAAUAAUCCUUUACAGGAUCAAACAUCGUCUGUUGAAAAACCUGAACAAGACUCAAUUGUUUAUGCCAACGGAGAGAGUGACGAGUUCGUCGAUGCAUCAGAAUAUAAGGAUUGA